AGAAAAGUGAGGUUAAAUGUGUCAUUAAAGAACCUAAUGAUGGUUUGAGCUUGUAGUCAUUGGUACCAAAUAAAUGUAAAUCGCCGAUAUGAAUAAAUCGAACCUGGAAACUCCCACAAGAAGACCCCUUAGGAGACUCGGUCUGCAACGAUCUCUCAAAAUGCUUAAACCGCAUCAAUCGAUCACUGUUCAUGGAUGUCUUACCGCAUCAUCAAAUACGGAACCCUUAACGGAUUACAUCGCCCAAACUCCGCCUUUGCUGCACUCAAUCACACCUUCAUGUUCAGCAGAAGAUGAACUCGCAGAGGCUCCAAAGCAUACACUUACUAGAUCUGAAACAUUGAAAACUCCCUCCAAUAUCCGCUCUAGUUUAAAGCGAACCCGUCUGUCUUUGAGUCAAACUUGGAAAAAUAGAGUUAUUAACAAGAAAGAACUGAAUAUAAAACGACGAAAACUAUUAGAUGAAGUUGAGGCAUAUUCCGAAUCAACUGAAAAAGUAACUUCAUUAAAGUCUGAUGAAUCAACCAGUGAUAAACGUGAAGCGAUGCACUCAACCAACGUACAUGAAAAAAUAGUUGAACUAAAGAAAAGUAUCAACAUAUGGAGACAAGGCUGCGUACAAGCGUUAAACGACCUCCAGGAAAGACGUGGUACAGGGAACAUGACAUCUCUUUUGAGUAUGUUGCAAAUACCGCAUGAUUUGGUCAACUACGAUACCACUGAUGAGCUGUUUUUGGAUCCAGAUUAACAUAAUAUCUCUUCUAAAGACCAUGUCUUGUUUGUCAUCGAAUUGUUAUUCAGUUAUAUUCAUUGAACAGUCUUCCCUCGAAGUGAAUAUUGUUACAAUGAAUAAAAUCGUCUCAAAUCAAA